AUGCGGCAGCUGCUGGUGCCCAUCGGAAAUCUCCCUCACGUCUCCUCAGGGCUUCCACAAAGGUCAACGACGCAGUACGGGCAUUUCGUUGCGUUUGUCGAGACGUUGUUGGUAGGUGAGCGGGCUGUGCUGGUGGGAAGCGGGCAGACUGCGGCCCCCCGCGCGCUGGUCAGUUGCGCCGCGGGCCAUGCCGCGCCAGCGGGGCGUCCUGUCCAGCAACAGCCGCGUCACAGCCUCCAGGUUCCACGCUCCGGACAGUCGCCGCGACGCCGCCGGGGUUGCAACCGCCACGCCAGCUGCCCCAGGUCGGGGCGGACGGUGGCCGGCGCUGUGGGAACGAGUUUAAGUGUAACGCGCCGCUCUGCCGAUCGUCGCCAGUUCGCGCGGCGCUCGCCCUGCAGAGAUGUAGAUGAGCGGAAAGUCGACGGAAAUACUGUGACCGCUGAUAAGGGACACGCAGCGCUCAACACCUGGGCGAUGGUUAAUGAAAACUCGCAAGGAAUCAAGGAGCGACACAGUCAUCCAUUGCAGAAUCACCAGCUGGCCGCAAGAUCGUGCUUUAUGAGACAAGUCGAGCAGUUCAUCUCGUUGACAUAGCGCUUGUUGCCGUCGACACACCUCAACAUCCACCAGCAUGGGUGUGCUUCAGUCUACGAGUUUCAGCACAAUAGAACUUAAUACUUAUAUUAUCUGAUGAAAAGUAUCCGGACACCAUAUGAAAGGUGGAAUUAACCACUAGAUGCCGCGAGAGGCCGACCCGCCGGUAUAAAAGGAAGCGGAAGCGGUAACAGUAAAAUUCAUCGGUCAACAGAGCUCAGUGGCUUUAAGGGGCUCCGGAACGCCCUAUACUUGCAAUGUUAAAAUAACGCUUAUAAAUUACAUCUUUCCUCACAAAGUAUUUGAGGUAGGAAGUUGAACUUUUUACAGAUUAUUUAUUGGAAUAUGGGCUACAACUUAA